UCCCAGAUGAUAAAGAAUCGAUCUACAACCCAAAUGAAGGAGACCUGGCAGAUUCUACUAAAAUAGUUAUUAGCCAUUCAGACACUUCGCAAGCGCUUCGCAAGGAAAUUAAUACUACAUCUUCUA